AUGAGCUCGGCAGGGGAGUUGAUAUAUAAGGCCUUCGUGCCGACCUUAAAACUGUUAAUAGGAAUAACCCUCGGGUUCACCAUAACCAAAGCUGGGAUGUUCACUCCGCAGAUGGCCAAGGGCGUCAGCGUCUUGUCUAUGAAUAUCUCGCUCCCCGCCCUCAUCUUUGCGUCGAUGGUGCCUUCGUUCACGUCGACCAAUAUAUCCGCGUUUGGAGGACUGGCACUAGCGGCGUUACUGUAUCAGGCGAUUGGGGCUGUACUGGCUAUGAUCGUCAAGGAGCUGUUCUACGUGCCCAUUGACUUUCAGUGGGGGAUUAUCGUGAUGGGCGUCAUAUCUAACUGGAUGAAUGUACCGGUGGCUGUGAUUCAGACUGUAGGCAACCAGGCACCUUUCAAGCAGGGCGACGUUGAAGUCGGGACUGCCUAUAUUGGGGUAUUCAGUCUCGUCUUUGUAGUCGUGCUCUUCCCCUGUGGACUGCACAAGCUCUGCGCUCUGGAUUUCAAGCCGGAACAGCUCGCUCGGACUCCACCUCCUUCGCCUCGGGAAAGAUGGCGCAUCCGCAUCGCCGCUUUCAAGCGCUUGAUACAUCGGGACCGUCAUUCCAGCCCCCAGGCAGAGUACGAUCAAGAGCUCCCAGAGGUCUCUCACUCCGCUUCGGGAUCGGAGCGGUACUCGAAGGACGAAAACGAGCGGGGCGAUGAACCCGCCGACCUUCGACCGGGUAAAACUCUUUAUUUGGGCGGCGAGAAGCCCACCCGCCAAGCGUCACACACUCCUUCAUUUACCAGCAUGAUGGAAACCACUCGCUCUAUCCCGCCUACGGCUCCCCUCGAAGCCGUCGACGUAGGAAAUACCGUCGUCGUCCCCGCACCGAACUCGGAUCCCCUUCUUCCUGUCUCGACCACCAACGGGAAAGCGUACUCGUACCACAAGCCCGCAUCCCCUCGGACGUCCAUUAAGCGCAUCACACCGCUCAAACGACUAGUCAUGAUCCUCAAGAGCUUCCUCAUGCCUAUCUCAUUCGCUGUGAUUGUGUCAAUACCAUGUGCGCUUAUACCGCCCCUCAGGGCACUAUUUACGCAUACGGAUGGGUGGACAGGCACGAGGAUGCCGAAUGCGCCAGAUGGGAAGCCGCCCUUGAGCUUUAUACUCGAGGCGGCGGCGUUUGUUGGGGCGAUAUGUAUCCCAGCGGGUCUGAUACUGCUCGGAGCGAGCUUUGCGCGUUUGAAGGGUGUGUGGAGUAUGAAGGGCCAACCUGUCGGCGCGAUGGUGGCUAUGGCUGUGUGCAAGAUGAUCAUCGUCCCGGUUAUUGGGACCUUUUUCAUCAAGAAUCAGACUGGUAUCUACCCAACCGCAGACCGAAUGCGGACGUUUGUCUGUAUCCUGUUGUCUGGGACACCUGCAGCUGUGAAUCAGCUCGUUUUGACCCAACUGUAUAAUCCAGAGGGGAGCGCACAUACGCUUGCCCGAUUCUUGUUGUUACAAUAUAUUCUGAUGCCUGUAUUAUGCACCUGCCUCGCCGGUGUCGCUUUGUAUAUCUGUCAAAGAUGA